UUUUCUUACCGUAGGUUUCCUAAAGUCCGACUUUCUCUUUUUCUGUAAAGCAGGUAGACAGGCAGGCAGUGAAGGGGGGCAAACACUCUAGAUGACAGUAUGGACCCUCACCAUCCCUAUCUCAUCCAGGAUUGUCUAAUUCAUAUCUUUACAUUCCUGACAGAGGAAGAUUUGCCCAAUGCUUCCUGUGUGUGUAAGGUAAGAAAGGAGUGUCCAACACGCGGAAGUAACUCUCUAUUCUUGAUUUUUAUGAAUUAAAAGGCGUAUUUUAUUAUCAAAAUAAUCCAAUUUACAGGAUUGGCACGAUGCUGCAGAAACUCCGUGGUUAUGGAGGUGAGCUUUGACUAUUUUUAUCAAACUUAUUCCUUUUUUUUUACUGUCAACAAAAGAAAGAUCUGGCAGAUAUGAGAAAUAUAAAGAUCAUUUAUUCUAAAAGAAAACUAAGCAAAUUUUGGUCCAACAGCUGGUUUAGUUUACUUAAAGUGUGUAAUUUUAUCAGGCCACUGCAAAUAAAAAUAAGGUUACCUGAGUAAAUCUGAUCACAUAAACUUGAAUUAAUCAUUAUGUAAUAAGAUAAGAAAUUAUUGAUCCCUAAGUUAAUUAUAAAUACAGUUUAAAACAUGCCCCAUUCUUACAAGCUGCAAUGUAAGUCCUCAGUGCUUUAAGUUAUCAUUUAUUAUCACACUGUCAUGACCACAAAUACUCACAUAGAAAUACUCUGUUGUGAAUAACUAGUUCUUUACUUUUGUACAGUCAUUUGUGUGUUAUAAGUGUUUUUCAAUGCAGUACUUAGACUUAUAAUAUACUGUAACUUUAGAGUUGGCUCCAAUUAGGAACAUUUGCUUUACAUUUUCAUUAUUGUUCUUCAAAAUAUCUUUUUCCCCCCUGAAAGUAUCUAUUUAGUCUCAUUUAAAUGAUUGAAUUUCAAUUUUGUAUCAUUUUUAAUGCAUUGAUUUAAUCUCUUUUAUAGUAUUUUAUUCAUUUCUAUCUUGUUUCAAUAUUUUUUUUAUUCUUCAUUAUUAAUUGCGGUGAUUUUUCUGUCUGUUUGUUUAGUAUUAAGCACUUUCCACUGCAUGAAAGGUAUUUACAUGUACUAAUGACAAAGUCGGACUGGACUUGACAUCUGUGUUCUCCUCAGGCGGAUGUCUCUGCAGCGCUGGACUUUCUGUAACCUCUCUGUCUUGGGAAGCGAACAGGCGAAUCACUCAUGGAAGAGAUAUUUUCUCAGGCGUAGCCACUUGGAGACGAAGAUGUCAGAAGGUCGGAGCGGAGGGUACACCUGCAAGAGCCUCAGAGGACACAAAGGUGAGUUGACCUUCUUUCAAAUCUCCAGUGGGGUUUCAGUUUGUCUGUCAUUUCAGUUUUUCUCUUGGACAUGCUGUCUGUCAGGCAGAGUAGUGGGGUUGGUGUACCUGAAGGGGAACUCUGCUCUGUGCCCUGACCUCUGGAGCGGCAGUGCCACAAUCUGCAGCGCCUCUUCUGAUGGUACAGUCCGAGCAUGGAACACCCAGAAUGUGAGUGUAGCACCGUCAGUACAUGAUCAUCUAUUUUAAAGUGAACAAGAACCAGAGUGCUGCAUCCAUUUUCAUUCAUGAUUCAUGAAGAUAACCCAAAAUUGUACUCCUUUUUAAAUGAGUGCACAUAUCCCUUCAAGCAUGAUUCAAUCAAUUAAGAUUCAUCCAGUCUAUUACAGAUUUUGACUUAGUGUGACUACAUACAGUGUUGUAUUAUGUAAGGCCUCACCCACAGCGAGGCGUCUUUCCAGUAUUACAGCCCUCCUCUAUGGAACAGCCUACCAGAGGACCUCAGGGCCGCAGAGAACGUUCAUGUUUUUAAGAGCAGGCUCAAGACCCACCUUUUUAGCUUAACUUUUAAUUAAUAUUUAUCUUUUUUAUCUCAAUUUAUUCUAGUUAGACUAGGUUUCUGAUUUUAAAUUUGAGUCUGUGUUUUAUUCACAUUUUAGUUUUUACUUGUUUUUAUCCUUUUAUCAUUUUUAGGACCCCCAGUGUUUCCUCUCAGGGAGCCCUCGGCACCGGGAGCAGUGGUCGUCUGUGGUUGCAGGGGCCGGUAACGGGGUUCCUGGUGGAGGUUGGCGCCUGCCACAUCUCUACUCUGGCCCUGUGUCGGUGUCCUGUGGCUGUGGGCGGCUCUCUGCUCCUGGUGCUGAUGGCACUUUCUCAACUGGUUCAUGUGCACUCAGCCUCAUGUCCACCAUCUUAGUGUGCGGGUGUGUUGGCAUGUGUGUGUAUGGGAUAGUUUUUCUUUUAAAUUAACUGUACUGCACUUAGCGUUACAUUCUUUGUAUGAAAAGCUCUUUAUAAAUUAAAAUUGAUUGAUUAAUAGUCAUAUCAAAAAGGUAGUAGAAAGGUAAUAUAUUUAGUUUUUGGUGUUUUAAAUGCAUGCACCUUACCAAAUCCAGAUCAUCAAUCCACAAUAAUCCACAUCAUGUGUUGCAAUUACGGUCUACUGUUUUCCAACCAAACCCUUUAUUGAUUAAAAUCUGGACACUAAGUGAACUAAAAUGCACCCUCUGAGGCAUUUACCUGCUUUUUUCUCUCAGGGUGAUGUCCUGUGGUGUAGUCCUGUGCAGAAUCCCUUGACUGCAAUUGUUGCUGACGAACAGCGUGAAGUUGUGAUCACAGCAGACUCCACAGGACUCAUUAAGACCUGGCAGAGUCAGACAGGGCAGGAGGUGGCCUCCUUCAGUGCUGGAUCUCCACACUGUUCAUUACUGCAGUACAAUAUCGACGAUAGUUGGUUUCUGACUGUGAGUAACAUCUUAAUUUUAGGGGGUUUAUAGCUAAAAUAAACUACAGUAAAGUAUUGAUUUUCAAAUAAUGCUGUCUUUUAGGUUGGAACCAGUCAGGGGUCUGUUUGCACUCUAGCUGAUACAACUCUGAUCAAAAAGUCCAGUGUAAAAGUGUGCGACACCUUUAAAGUCAACACUUUGCUCGUGUCACCUGACAAGAAAUGGAUCAUUGCUGGAACCAAGGACAACGAUGAUUUAAGCGCAAAGGUAUUUCUCGCUUUGUUUGACUGCCUGACUUCGUGUUUAUGUUUCCUGCUUUGUUCUGUCCUCAUAUGAUUUCUUUCACCUCGCUUCAAAUGACGCACUCGAGAAAAGUAAGCGUGGGUACGCGUUUCAUAAAAUAAUGUUGCUGGCAGGUAAUUUACACUGAGAGCUUGACCUCUCCGUCUGAGGAUGAAGAUCCUCUGUGCCAGUCUGUGCCAGUCAGAGGGUGCCAGGCUGCUGUCUUCAUCCCCACCCAGCCUGCCAGACUGGCCAUCAUCCACCACAACCAGAGCCAGAGCAACAAAGUCCUCACUGUGUUUGAUGUCAGCAUUAAAAAGAGCAAGUACAAGUCAGAGAUCCAGGGUGAGGACUGAGAUAUGUGCAGACUGAGUCUAAAUGUAACACUGCCUUUUAUUUAACCAGUGAAUAAAAUUGAUCGUCGAUAAGUCAGUUAAUUAUUAUAUAAACGUACCAUAUUUAACAAGAGCAUACUCCAGGAAACACAUUUAAAUAGACAAAAGUUGAAAAGGUUGAGGGAAAAGGGGGAGGACUGGAAAAUUGUUACCACAGCUCACCAUCAAGGGGUCUAUAUUUUAUACACUAGUAUGGUAUUUUCCUUCUUCUGAUGUCCUUAUUUUGCAUCUCUUCUCAUCAUAGUCCAGCAGGUGGAGUCCUUCCCUCUCACCCUGAACACCAGGUCCACAAACUUCCUUCUGGAGGCCAAGGAAAGCAACUGCUUAGUGUUGGCGGCUGGCCAGGAGCUAAUGGUCUACUCCCUGAAAGGAGCGCUGCUUGCUAGCUUUAAAGACCACACUAUGCCGAUCACGUCUAUAUGUGUGGUAAUCUGCUUUUUCAGCUUUGGAGUUCUAAGUUUAACGGCGUAAUAUGCCAGCUCAGCAAAAAGUGUUUAUGCUGUCUUCAAAUUUCCAGGAUAGCUUCCGUGUGGUGACAGCAUCUCAGGACCUCUCUUUACGAGUUUUGACUUGGAAGACUGACAGAGACCAUGGGUUAAGCCUCGAAGGCAGAUACCAUCUACUGGGAGGCUCUCACACGGUAUCCAGGUACUGUGUUUGCAGCCAAGUUUGCCUCAAUUAAGCAGUAAUGCAUUAGCCUGAAUACGGAGGUAUGCCGUCAUUUCCUGAUCCUGUUAAUUUACACUUCGUUUCCUGUCUUCUAGAGGGUUCACACACGUCAUCUGUGACUACUCCAGCAUCGUAGCAUCUACCGAAGGAAAGGAUGGGAAAGAUGUCUUAAAAGCGUAUUCUUUCAUUAGCUGAGCUGAGCUGCUGGACACAAAGGUGCUUAAAUAUGAAGUUUGCACAACCAGAUGAAAAGAGGAAGAUUGAAUUUUAUUAUUCACUGUUCAUCGUAUAUGUUUACAGUACAUUGGGAUAGUCUUCUGUGAGACUUAGAACUGAGAAGUGCUUUGGUGUCAUAAUGUGUUUUUUUUUUUUUUUUUGCUCUCACCUUCCAGGCAACUUGUGCACGAGCUCACACAAGAUAACUAAACUAAUACUAAUACUACAGGGACUGCUUUUAAAUGAGGGUGUUUUUAUGCUGCUGGGGUAAUAAUGGUCAGACUUCGUGUCCUGACUGACCUUUUUACUUUUUCCGUCAAUAAAUCUCUUAAUUUUGCUGACAGAUUGUUCCCUUCUUCUUACGAUUUCUAGUUACUCCCUUACAGGUUGCAUGCAGGGUAAGAGCAGCUCCUUCAGAUAACAGGAGACACACACACAAAGCAUAAAAUGUAACUGAUGAUACAGAUUAAAUAGAAAUUUGUUAUGCAAAAGGCAAUGAUACUCUGUUAGCAUAACAUAACCAGGAAAGAAUAAGUCUGUACGUGAUUAAUAACUAAGCUAUUGGUAGCUGAGGUAUGUUGGUGAUGACUGUCACUGAUUUUAAGGCAUACUGUAAUGUAAAAUAUAUUUGUAUCACCUGUUCUUCAAUACUUCACUAGAUAUUAAAGUGAGAACAUGCGGAA